AUGUCCAUCGAUUACACCUCAAAGACAGUUCUAAUCACCGGCGGCGCGUCGGGCCUCGGCCUUUCCCUGACGACCCAUUUCCUCGCCGCCAACGCCACUGUUCUCGCCCUUGACAUCUCCGCCGACGCCCUCGCCGAGCUCCCUUCCAAGGUCCCCGACGCCCACCACACCCGUCUGCACCCGGUCCACGCCGACGUCUCCUCCCCGGAGUCCGUCGCCGCCGCCAUAUUGUCCUGGGUCGACGGCGGGGCGGGUGACGACGCGGGCCAGAAGAGACGACUCGACGUCCUCGUCAACAAUGCCGGCAUCUCGGACAAGAUGGAACCCGUCGCCGACUGCGACCUCGACGUCUGGAACCGCCAGAUCCUCAUCAAUACCACGGGGCCCUUCAUCACCUCCCAAGUCGCUAUUCGCCAGUUCCUCAAGCAGGAGCCUGUCAACGGCCAGAGGGGCGUCAUCUUGAACGUCAUUAGUGCCGGCGGCCUCCACGGCGGGAGAGCGGGCGUGGCUUACACGGUCUCCAAACACGGCACCGUUGGCCUGACCAAGAGCACGGCGGCCUUUUACGGCCCUCGGGGUAUCCGCUGCCUGGCCAUUUUACCCGGUCCAAUGAUGACCAACAUGGUGAACGAGGGCCACGCUGCCCGGUAUCAUCCAGAGGGUUUAGCCAUGGUUCUUGGCGACCCGGCACGAAAAGGCUGGAAUUUUGGAUGGUCACCUUUGGAUCAGGUCUCAAAGACUGUGUUAUGCUUGUGUGCUGAUGGUAUUCACACUAUCAAUGGCGCACUAGUACCGACAGACAUGGGAUGGACCUCUAUCUGA